GCGCGGCUCCGGGAGAGAGAGAGCGCCUUUUUGGAGCGCGGGCUGCGCUUCCCCAGUCAGUUCUGUGCGUCCUGCAGCUGUGCGGUGCGACGGCGUGACUUCCCUCUGGUCCCGGGACAGCAGUGGGACAACUUGGAAAACUUCUCUGGGACAGACUGUAGGGACGCUGAGCACCGGUGGAAGAGGAUAUAAGAGAGCGAUGGCUGGUCCUGGGUGUCCCCGGACCUCCUAGGCCGCUUUCCGUCAGGCUACGGUGCUCCAGAGCCGUCUGCACCUCCUGGGGGACGACCCCCAACAGUAGCGGAGCCAGAGUGGCGCUAUCUCCUGCGAACCGUGAGUUUGGCCAGCAUCGUUCCCUCUGGACAUGUCCGGCCCCACCAUGGACCAUCAGGAGCCCUACUCGGUGCAGGCCACCGCCGCCAUCGCGUCGGCCAUCACCUUUCUCAUCCUUUUCACCAUUUUCGGCAAUGCGCUGGUCAUUCUGGCUGUGUUGACCAGCCGCUCACUCCGUGCACCACAAAACCUGUUCCUGGUGUCACUGGCAGCAGCCGACAUCCUAGUGGCUACUCUCAUCAUCCCUUUCUCUCUGGCCAACGAGCUGCUGGGCUACUGGUACUUCUGGCGUGCGUGGUGCGAGGUCUACCUGGCGCUAGACGUGCUCUUCUGUACCUCCUCCAUCGUGCACCUGUGUGCCAUCAGCCUGGACAGGUACUGGGCAGUGAGCCGAGCAUUGGAGUACAACUCCAAGCGCACUCCGCGCCGCAUCAAGUGCAUCAUCCUCACUGUGUGGCUCAUUGCAGCUGUCAUUUCUCUACCGCCCCUCAUCUACAAGGGCGACCAACGCCCCGAGCCCCACGGGCUCCCCCAGUGUGAGCUCAACCAGGAGGCCUGGUACAUCUUGGCUUCCAGCAUCGGAUCUUUUUUUGCUCCCUGCCUCAUCAUGAUCCUCGUCUACCUGCGAAUCUACGUGAUUGCCAAACGCAGCCACUGCAGAGGUCUUGGAGCCAAGAGGGGCUCUGGGGAGGGUGAGUCCAAGAAGCCCCAGCCGGUUGCUGGGGGAGUGCCAACCUCAGCUAAGGUGCCCACCCUGGUCUCUCCUCUAUCUUCUGUUGGAGAGGCCAAUGGACACCCCAAGCCUCCAAGAGAGAAGGAGGAGGGGGAGACCCCUGAAGAUCCUGAGGCCAGGGCUUUGCCCCCAACUUGGUCUGCCCUUCCCAGAUCAGGCCAAGGCCAGAAGAAGGGGACUAGUGGGGCGACUGCAGAGGAGGGAGAUGAAGAGGAUGAGGAAGAGGUGGAAGAAUGUGAACCCCAAACACUGCCAGCAUCUCCUGCCUCGGUAUGCAACCCACCCUUGCAGCAGCCUCAGACUUCUCGGGUACUGGCCACGCUUCGUGGCCAGGUGCUUCUGGGCAAGAACGUGGGAGUUGCCAGUGGGCAGUGGUGGCGCAGACGGACACAGCUGAGCCGGGAGAAGAGGUUCACCUUCGUGCUGGCCGUGGUCAUUGGAGUUUUCGUGGUCUGCUGGUUUCCUUUCUUCUUCAGCUACAGCCUGGGGGCCAUCUGCCCACAGCACUGCAAGGUACCGCAUGGCCUCUUCCAGUUCUUCUUCUGGAUCGGCUACUGCAACAGCUCUUUGAACCCUGUCAUCUACACCGUCUUCAACCAGGACUUCCGCCGUGCCUUUCGAAGGAUCCUUUGCCGGCCGUGGACCCAGACUGGCUGGUGAGGCUGCCUGUUCGCUGCCUAUGCCAGGGUUGGUGCCAGGACCACCCGGUGGUAGUGCCCCACCUCCACAGUCUCUAUGGCCAUUUCUCUGGGGCCCACUUGCAGACCUCAUCCUCAGACUCCCCUGAAGGGGAAAGGACAAAAAUGCUGUUCCUAGGGCCCGUUUGAAACCUUCCCUUGCUGGCUGUACUGUGGGAUGGCUCUUCCCUUCUCUCUCCCUGGCAAGGGGACCUUCUCGAAUAUGGCCAAAGCCAGACUGGAUUAGAAUACCUCCCUCCCAGCCACCUGUAAGCCAACAGGCAGGCUACCCUCUCCUGGAGACCCCCUGUGCCUUGGCAGGCCACUUGUGGUGUUUUUGGUUUUCUUCUUCUUCUUUUUGUUUUUUUAUUUUGUUCAUUUUUAUUUUAUUUUUAUUUUUUAUUUUUUGAGACAGGGUCUCAGGUAGCCCAGACCAGCCUCAGACUUGCUGUGCAGCCUGAGGAUGCUCUUAAGAUUCUGAUCAUCCUGCCUUCACCUCUCCAGCACUAGAGUUAACAACAAUCACCACCAUACCUGGUUUACCUGAUGCUGGGGAAUGAAUUCAGGGCUUCAAGCAUGCUAGGGUAGUCAACCGAGUUAUAUCCCUAGCCUUGAUCUUCCUCUUGCCUCUCAAAGAGCCGGAAGCCCAACAUCGACAUUUCCCAGGAGGACCUGAUGCUGAGAAAGAGGACGGAAAGGAAGAGGAUUCAGCCAUGCCGAGCACCUGUGCUUCUCAUUGGCUAUUGGGAAGGCUGGUUAUGGGCUAAUAUUGUGGUUUUUUGUUUGUUUGUUUGUUUGUUUGGGUUUUUUUUUUUAAGCUUCCUAGCUCCUUUAAGCUCCAGAAGCACGGGUUGGUUUUUCUUACUCAGCAUCCCCCUGGGAGGCAAGUGGACACAUGGAUGCCUCAGUGGAGAGGUCUGGAAUCCUGGCCUCAGCCCACCAUGGGCUCCUGAUCACUGGCAUUCACCCUUGUAAAGAGCGGGGCGACAAUUGCCUGCCGCCUACUUGCGGCAGGGAGAUGAAAGGCUUUGCAGAGAGCUUUGAGCUCCGUGGGGGGAACGAGCUAGAGAGCCAGCAAAUGUGAUUAUCUGGUGAUAUAAAAAUCCCUUUCCUAUGUGUUUACCACUGUGAGCCUUCCUGUAGACCUUUGUUCUGGGCUUGGGGUGUGUGAAUGCCUACCCCAAACUGGAAGUGGGUUGAGGUGUGCCGGAGCCACUCUUUCAAAUUCCAGAAUUUCUUUGAGAAUGCAUUCUUGUGCAUUCUCAAAGGUUUUGAGUUAUUGUGCUGUUGUCAGCUCCCCCAUCUGUUACCUGUAACACAGACAGAGUUUUCAGUGGCUUGGCCCCAACCCCAUUAGAGGAUAAGUUCUUUGUCAUUGAGCAGGCAAAUCGGUUUCCUAAGCUAAAAAUACUCACAUCAAGGAAGCAGUCUGAGACGAGAUCCUCAGGUGGGGUGCUGGGGCUAGAGCAGGCAGCCUGUGGACUCCUGGGAGAGCCACCCUCUGCGAUGGCCCAGACAAUUCUCUGAACCCCCAAGCGACACCUUUGGAGACAUAACCAGUUCCACCCCAGCUCAGAAGGACGUCUCAUUUGCCGCCAAGAACCCUCACAGUGAUAUGGCUGCGCACUAGGGUGUCUCUACCUCCUGGUUGUCUUCCCAACUUGGGAAUUGCUCCCCAGAGUGACUGGGGAUGUGUCUAGGCCUUCCCCACAAGCAGCCUGACUUCAACUUUGGGCAAUAAACCUCAACCUCAGGGAAGGUGUAGUUUGAGCCAUGGAGGCUACAAGCGACACAGGCUAUUAGCUUAGGGUGGAUUUAUCAGAUUUUGAAGGUGCUAAGGGAGUUUUCUCAGGUAGAGACAGUGAUGGUUCCUAAAUAGAAUUCCUCCUGGAGAGGAUGAGUGUCCAGCUUGGUUCUCGGUUGGUUGGCGGCAGUCGUAAGGCUAGGACAUUGAUUUGGAGUGUGGCUGAGGGGCUGAUUUGAUUUUCUGCUUUUGUUUUGUUUGUUUUGAGACAGGGUUUCCCUGUGUCACCCUGACUGUUCUGGAACUCACACUCCAUAGACUAGGCCGCCCUAGAACUCACAGAGAUCUGCCUGCCUCUGCCUCCUGAGUGCUGGGAUUAAAGGCGUACACCACCACCGCCUGGCAGAGGGGCAGAUUCAUAACCAUCUGCCAGCUGAGACUGUGUGUGCUCCGUGGGACCCAAGCCCCCUGUUGUGACAUAUAGGUGUUUCUAAGACUCUGAGCUAUUUUAUCAAUAAAGGCUAUUUUGUAAUAAGCAA